UUAGGGGGAAUAUUUUGAUAGGAAUAGAAAAAAGACACAAUAUAUUAAUUAUUCGUUUAUUACAUGUACUUGUGUCAUUCUAAUUGUAUGCGGAUGAGGAUUCUUAAGGGUUGAUGAUACUGAUUUUAGACUGACCAAUUCAUUGAUAAACAGACCAGUGACCUGAUAACUACUUUAAUCCAGGACGUAAGAAGAAAGCUCACAGACUAAACACAAAAAUCGAGUAGAAGAAACCAUGUCUCAGUUCGAUGCUUUGUUGGAUUUUAAUGACACAUCCUCGGGGGAUGGGACAGUGAAGAAAUCAUCAGAUUUUGAUCCAUUUGGACCAAGUCCAACGAUGGAUGUCAAAGGGAGUAGUGAUGGUGAUCUUUUGGGUGAUUUUGGAUUUUCUGGACAGGCUUCUGUAACAACAAACGGUAACGGUCAGAGUGUGAACCCAUUAUAUGAACUUUCAAUGGACCAAGGUUUCUCUGCUUCAGAAUCAAAUAAUUUAAUCAUGUCGGAGGAAAUUGAAGUUUCACAAAAAUCCACAAAAUCUUCAAAUCCACUUUACGAUUUUGAAAAUAAUGACUCUGCUGAGCCAUCUGCUAAUCCAUUAUAUGACUUGUCUGCCGGUGAAACUAAUGGACAUGAUGUGGAUUUACUUGGAACUGGAAUUUCUGUUGUGACUGAUGAUUCUGGUGUUACCAUGGAAACUGAGACAUCAAAUGAAGGAGAUAAUUUAUUGUUGAAUACAGGAGAUAGUUUAAAGUUCGAAGUUCGACGAGAUGAAAGUCAUGAAAGCAUGAAUGGAAUAAGUGAUGAAGAUAGUGAAUUAGUUGAAAAAUUAAACGAAGCUGAAAAACGGGAAUUAUUACAAAAUCAAACUGAAAGUCUGGCACAAGGAUCGGAUGUCAUACGUGAACAAACUGAGAUCACAUUUGAUGAUCAACCAGGAAUUCUAAUUACGCAGGAAGAGGACCAAUUGAUAAAAACCGGGGAAGAUCUAGUUGAAGUUGGGGACCAGUUGGUAGAAACCAAUGAAGAUCUAGUUGAAGUUAGGGACCAAAAUGAACCAGAAGUUAUUGAAGAUGUGCAAAAUGACCAAUAUAUUACAGAGGAAACAGAAGAAGUUGUAGAAAUCACUCGACAGGAAGUGGUAGUGGACACACAGACAGAACCAGAAGUGCCACAAUAUAAUGAGGAGUUUAUAGAAACUGCUGAACAAGAGGAAGAUCUAAAUCAGAAUAAUCAACCUGACACAGUUGAGGUCGUGCCUGACACAGUUGAGGUCGUGCCUGACACAGAGGAAGUCGUACCUGACACAGUUGAGGUUGUGCCUGACACAGUUGAGGACGUACCUGACACAGAUGAGGUUGUACCUGACACAGUCGAGGUAGUCACACAGGAAGAAGAAUUACAAGAACAGGAAGUAGAAUUACAAGAACAGGAAGUAAUUCCCACCGAGGAAUUCAGAAGUAGGAGUAGCAGCAAUUCAUCAGAGGAACAGGUUACAUAUAAAUCUACAAGUUUUAUAUCCCUGAGCGUAACACCAGUUAAGGAAACUACAACCACCUCUAAAACUACCACAGUCACAGAGAAGACAAAGGUCGCACAAGGAACUGGAGGCUCAGUUACUUCAAGUCAAAGUGGUGUUCUAGAGAAUGGAUUUGAUGAAGGUGCAUUCAGAGAGACAGAUAAAAAUGAAGAGAUCAGUUUCGAUCAGAUGUCUUCAAUUAGGAAUAAAUUAGAAUCAAACCAAUCUGAUGAAAUUAUUAGAGAAAGGAAGAAAUCAGUCCAUGAGGAAAUAGCCGAUGCCGAAGGUGGGGAAUAUGAAAACGAACCAGUCAGAAAUCCAGACGUGGUACGGGAAAGUGACAAAGAUAUUGGAGCCGAAUUACCAGAAGUUGGAUCUGCUCAGAAUAUAUUGCAAAAAUUUAAACAGAUUGAGACUACAACUAAAUCAUACAAGAGGGAGUCUACCCCACCUGAGACUAGAGUUGCAGGAAAAGUUGAAUAUGUAAGCGAACCAAAAAAAGGAAUUGAAAUUGAACCACAGAAAGUAGAGGGAGGUGUUUUCGAGAAUCAACCUGUGAUGGAGGAAGGUGUGGUUCACUCAUAUGAUGCCCAAGAAGAGGCCCUACCUGAAAAGGGAUAUGCAAAAAAUAUAUUGGAAAGGUUUAAACAGAUUGGAACUCAAUCAGGGGAGUCAAAUCAACAGAGACGGGAACUGACACCAGAUCGUAACACUAAAUAUGAAUACGUUAGUGAGCCUCGAUCUGUCAUGGAAAAAUACGAAGGAAAAAUGGAGUCUGGUAUUUUUGAGAGCCAACCCCAAGAGGAUCUCCCAGAUAUUAUUCGUUCAGGCAUGCAGAGUGAAGAAGCUUUACCUGAAAAAGGAACAGCAAAAAAUUUAGCAUCCCACUUCAAAGAGAUUAGUGAUAAAGCAGGAACACCACAUGUGUCAGAAAGGAAAAGGGAGUUAACUCCAGAUAAAACUGGAAAAGUGGAAUAUGUCAGUGAACCAAGAUCAGUUCUUCCCCAAUACGAAGGAAAAUCUGAAAGUGGAAUUUUUGAGAGUCGUCCUGAAGACAAAGAAGAAAUUGUUAAAUCUGAUAUGCAAGUGGAAGAGAUUUUGCCAGAAAAGGGCGCAGCCAGAAAUAUUGCUGCCAAAUUUCGUGAAAUAGAAUCAUCUAAGACGCCUUCACCAUCUUCUACCCCUAAACCCAGAUAUAAAGAAGUAACCCCACCAAGGGAUGAUGUUGAUGGUAGAACAGUAGCAGGAGUUCUAGAGAGUACACCAACACAGCGUGGUGAUAUAGUCAAAGGCUCAGACGGGAUGGAAUUUAAGGAAGAGGAGCUACCGGAGCGUGGUAUGGCUAAAAACCUUGCUAGUAAAUUUAAACAGUAUGGAAAAAUACAAACUUCUCCUGCUACUAGGGGGAAGAAAGAAUUUACACCACCUCCAGAUAAAGGAGGUGUAUUUGAAAAUACUCCAACGCCAUCUUUACAAGUUGAGGUCAGGCAAGCUGAGAGCGGCAUUCUAGAAAGCACUCCAAAACUAAGAGACGAUGUCUCUCGAGAAGGUGAAGCAUCUGCCGGAGAUGUUGAAUUCCCAGAAGAAGGCUAUGCUAGGAAUAUGGUUUCUAAAUGGAAACAGCUCGAAACGAAUAGUGGAAAAAAUACGCCAUCGCCAAAACACAAAGAAUUCACUCCACCAAGAGAUUUCCCAAUGUCUCCAAAAUCCCCCGCUGGUAUUAAUAGUAGUGUGCAGCCUGGUGACUUACCUGGGCAAUAUCAGGAGCAAGGAAGGCCAAGUGUGUUUGAAAGUCAUCCAACUCAUUUAUAUGGUGUGGCAAGAGAAGGAGAAAGUGAUGCCCCUGAGAGUAUGCCGGAAAAAGAUGCAGCCAAAUCUAUGGUAGAGAAGUUUAAAGCUAUUCAAGAGCAAGCCAAGAAAGCAGGAGCAACUCCUAAACCAGUAUCAAGAAAGGACUCUAGUGACAGCGGUAGUUCUCCUGUUGAGACCAGUACCAAGAUGUUUGAAAGCAGUACAGAGAGUCCAAAAAAAGGGUCCUUUGUACCUGUUCAGCUUGAGAAGUGUGCCGCAUGCCAGAAAACCGUGUAUGCAGUGGAAAAAUUGGAAAUGAAUAAACACAUCUACCACAGAGCCUGUUUUAAAUGUUCCCAUUGUAAAUGUGUACUAACGGCAAAAACGUUCUCAAUGAAUGAAGGAGUCAUAUUCUGCACGAAUCAUUUCAAACAAUUAUUUGCCAGGAAAGGAAACUAUGAUGAGGGAUUUGGUCGUCAACAGUACAAGAAAAAAUGGGUCGCUGGUGAAUCCAGUGAGGAACAAUAGUGCUUAGUGAUAGUUAUAUUGCUUAAUUUGCCUUCAUUUUGUUAUCAUGUGUCAUUUGUAAAGGGAGAUAACUAUGUAAUUGAAGUAAGGGAAGUAAUUGAUAUUUAUCUUCCUCUCAACUUUUCACCUUCAUUAAUAAUGAUAAAUGAAUACAAUUUGUGUUUAUAUCAUCUGUAUAAAAACAAGUUAUAUAUAUAUAGGCUUAAGAAUUUAAGCUUUGAAAUAAAUCAUGAUUAUGUUUUAAAACAAAUUUUUUCAUGAAAUGAAGGUCAAAAUUACAUAGAAAAUAUUUCUUUAGUUUUAUGUGAUUAAACUUUAUUAAUAGAACCCACCUUUGUAAAAAUUUUCAUUUUCAUAAUGAAUAUCCUCCUUUUUUUCCUUAGUGCUCAAGUAGUUAAUUUGUAAACAUAAAAAAUGCAUUUUUUGUCAAAUCAUGAAUUUUAGAUACUCGUAACUUAGUUAAGAAUAAGUGAUCAUUUGUGAGUGAGUUUGAGACUUGCUCUAGUCAAGCGAGAUUUUUGCCAAGUUUUAUAUGAUAAAAAGCACAUGAACAAAAUUUUUGUUAAAUAUGAUUUUCUGUUUUGUUUUUGUAUGUUUUUAUUGUACUGCUAUUUUUGAAUUGGAAAUAUUAAUGGGAAAUAAAGAAUAUAUGUGUAUUUAUAAUACUGAUUAAAUCAAUUUAAGAUUAUUAUGUAAUCAUGAAAUAUGAAAAGUAUAAAGCCGAGUUUAUUAUACAAAACAACUACAGCAAAUGAAAGUUAAAAUUAAAUAUAUGAAAUGCAUGAUAUUUUUCUAUGCCAGAUUACGUAAAUGUUUCAACAACAAAAAACAUUGAUAGUUGAUACAUGUAGUAUGUUAUAGCUGUCUUGUUUAUAGCUGUAAAUCAAAAUGAAAAGAUAUCAUUUCUAAUUUAUCAAAUUCUUCUCUUUAUUUAUUUUCAAUUUCUAAUUCUUCAAAUUUUUAAUAAUUUUAAACUGCUGAUGUGAAUUAUUUUAAAUAUGUAUUUGAUAUUCAAACUAUAAUUAUCUGAAAUUAAAAAUGUCAUAUUUAUAAUCCUCUGAACCAAGUUGAGAGGCCAAAUAUGAAAUGAAAUAUUUGUUGAUAAAGGGGAGAUAAACCCUGAUGAUUUUUAGUGCAAUUAAAAAAAUGUAGAUAUAUGAUUUGAGUUUGUGUAUUUGUAUAUUAAAAUGACAUUUGUAGAUAUGAGGUUGACUAUGCAAAAGCUUAAUUAUUUAUACAUAAAUGUAGCUUUUUUUUGUAAUCUUCGUUUUGUAAUUGUAUCAAACUUUCCAGUAUUAAAAAUUAUAGAAAAGAAAGUCUUCACAUUGAAAAAAAAUCUGAUUUUUCAUAUUUUUUUUAUUUUUUUAUUUUUUUUUUCAAAAAUGAAAAUACAAAGAUCUCAUGUUAUGGAAAUAAACAGUAUGUACAUUUUUGUCAAGCAUUCAGUUCCAUUUUUGGGUGAUAUCUUCAUAUGUUCAGCAUGUUUGAAAUUAAAGAAAAUGUAGCAAGGGAUAUUAAGUCUUGCAUACACUGUUGAAACAUUAAGAUCAUUCAUUGGUUUAGUUACUUUUUUUAUUAAACAGAAAAGUAUGCUUUAUAAAAUCAAAGAUGAAGGUACUCAGGUUUUUGUACUCUUAUAUAGCUGCUCUCUGAUUAAAAAUCCCUGCCACAGAAGAGAAGGAUAGAGUUAAAUGUGACCCUUGCUUACAAGAUUUUGAAAUGUUUUUCCUUAAGGUGGUACCCAACACCAGACUAAUAUUAAUUUGGCUCGUUUAAUUUUCAUAAAAUUUUGACCAAAUGUUUAUUUUGACCCUUUGACAAAAAUAUAAAAAUUUCAAAAAAUUUGAACCAACCACUUUAUCAGAAAAAUUUCAUUGGUUAUAUAGCAGUUUGACAAACACCAAUUUUGAUCAUUGAGAAGCUUAAUAUUUCCUUAACAAUACAAUGUAAUUAAAACGUUUAGCUGAUUUUUACAGAGUUAUCUCCCUGUAGUGUUGGGUACCACCUUAAAUAAAUUAUGUAUGAGUAAGUCUAUUCAUUAAAAGGGGGACUAUGUAUGGUUAAAAUCAUGUUUUGAAGUAUUGAUAUUUUUAUAUUUACUUCAUAAUAAAUAUGUUGGUAUUUUAUUUAUAUAUAAAACUCGAUAAAACAUAAGAUGCAUAAUCGUACUUACUCAAUAAUCCAUUCCCUUAGUGCUUACAACUUAUCCUAAAUAAUAAGAUCAACUGUUACCAUGGUUACCAUAGACUUGCUAGAAAUAUAUAUUUUAUUAAAUUUGGUAAUUUCAAAACUGAAGCUUGUUCACCAAAAUUAUCUGAAUUUGUGAAAGAGUUGAAAAUAUUGAAAGACUUAUUGUUGUUGCAUCAUGUCUCAAAAUACAACACGGUGCUUUAUGCAUGUAAACAGUUGUCUUGGCAAUAAAUUUAUUAAAAAUCA